CAUUGCCCAAGGAGGACCAGCACCCCGGUUUAUGCAGGAGUGGUGUUACCACUACCUUGUCACUGGGAACCUUAAAACUGAUGGUGUGCAUGACAUGGAGUUGUCACCACUUAUCAAAACGAUUGAAGAUGCAUCUGACCUGUCCCUCUACAUUGAAGAAAUCCUGGAUUGUGGCUACACUGGUCAAAUCAACAUUGACCAUAAGGAAAGCAUAUUAAGGGCUAUUGUACUGCAUGUGACCACAAAACGCACACCAAUGCUGCAACAGAUGCGUGAAGGCCUUGAAGUGUACAACCUGAUCAAGGUCAUGCAGAUAAAGCCGAAUGAGUGUCGCAAUCUCUUUGUCGUAGGGGCUGAUGACAAGGUGGACUCGCAUUAUGUUUUAUCACACCUGGCCCCAGAAAUGAGCCCAGAUGGUUCGACUAAACACGUGAAGGAGUCCAAAAUCUUGGAAUACUUCCAAGAUUUCCUACUUGAAAUUGAGGACACACAACCAGAAAAUGAGGUUGAAGGAGAGACACCCUCUGUGCCCAUGGUGAUGCAAUGGAUGACUGGGCAGGCACACAGGCAUUUGCUUGUCUCAGAGAGACAGAAAUUCAAAAUAGCCAUAGUAUUUGACCACAACUGUCUAGAGCACAUGCCAGGCCACACUGUAUGUUAUCCUGUUGUUAGUGCUUGCACCAACACUGUUACACUUCCAACAGCUCAUCUGGGGGAUUACGAGUCCUUUAAAACCAACUUGCAAACUGCCAUUAAAUAUGGUGCAAGCUUUGACAGACUGUAGCUAGUAAACGCUACUCUGCUCUAGUCUACUCUGUUCUACUUAGUUUGUUCAUCUAGUCUUUUCCUAGCCAUGUCUAAUAAUUCUCUUGUCAGUUCAGUUCCUGCCACUCCCCCCUUGCCAUGACAUCACCUCGUGUUUGUGUUAAAUCCUGUUCUAAGUAAGCGUGCGUAACA